UCCAUCCCUCGGACCAAUCAGCGCGGCCGCUCGUCCCUCUGACGUCAGUCUCCUCUCCUCUCGGCCAAUCGGAUUCUCCGGUGACAGCGUACUUCUCCCGGACGGACGCCUCUCGCUCAGGUAGACGGGACGCACCGCGGAAGUCUUCUCUCCAGACCUGCAGCCACCUUGCAGCAUCCAUCAUGGCGGUGAACGGCACGGCAGACAUCUUGAGCACUGCGUACCUCGCGGUGGAGUACGUAGACGCUGCUCUGCCCGAAAACCCCUUCCAGCCCUCCCUGAAACACGCCUGGGGCUACAUGCUGGACAACUACACCAAGUUUCAGAUUGCCACUUGGGGGUCGCUCAUCGUCCAUGAGUUCAUCUACUUCCUGUUCUGUCUGCCCGGUUUCCUCUUCCAAUUUAUGCCCUUCAUGCAAAAAUACAAAAUCCAACAGGACAAGCCAGAGACCUGGGAGAAGCAGUGGAGAUGUUUCAAGAUGCUGCUGUUCAACCAUUUCUGCAUCCAGCUGCCUCUGAUCUGUGGGACGUACUACUUCACAGAGUUCUUCAACAUCCCCUAUGACUGGGACUCUAUGCCACGCUGGCCGUACCUCAUGGCUCAGUGCUUUGGCUGUGCAGUCGUCGAGGACACCUGGCACUACUUCCUCCACCGGCUGCUUCACCACAAACGGGUCUACAAAUACAUCCACAAAGUCCACCACGAGUUCACUGCUCCGUUCGGCAUGCAGGCAGAAUACGCUCAUCCUGCAGAGACCAUCAUCCUGGGCGCCGGUUUCUUCAUCGGCAUCAUGAUCUUCUGCAACCACGUGUUCUUACUCUGGGCCUGGGUAGCCUUCCGUCUGUUGGAGACCAUUGAUGUCCACAGCGGUUACGACGUCCCUCUCAACCCGCUCCACCUGAUCCCUUUCUACGCCGGCACGCGUUUCCACGACUUCCACCACAUGAACUUCGUCGGCAACUACGCCUCCACCUUCACCUGGUGGGACAAGCUGCUGAACACAGACAGCCAGUACAACAGAUACAUGCAGAAACAGGGAGACAAGAAGGAGCAGUAAUCCACUCGAGCCUCUCGUUUCGUAGAAACACACGCCUGCUCUGCCAGGAGCGGGGGUAAGAGGCAGCGAAUUGUACAGACACUCAGCGAGCACACAAACAAGCGCUGCUUCUCUCCUCUGUACACUUAAUGAAGCUCACUAAAGGUGUACGAAAAAUGAAUCAGCAACACUAUGGUUUGAUCCUGAAUCUGACUGCAUCUUGACUCUAGUCUGCCUUCCGUGCCUUUCUAAUAAAGAUUUAUUGUUGCUUUCGUCGGCAGCUGCUGGCUGAUUAAAAAAAAAACAACCCUAAUAUUGAUUUAUUGCAGUGCUCUUCAUCAAAUGGAAAAAAAAGCUGUACCAUAUUACUCUCUUGUGAAAGUACCUCUGAAUGUCUCAGCACUUUAGCAUUUCCUGUUGAGUUGACCCGAGUCACAGUGACGCGGCCGUUACUUGAGAUUAACCGUGUCGCUCAGUGUGCAGGCUUCUGAAAGAAGUCCAACAUGUUGGAUGCAAAUCCCUGUAUGCCAUUUUUGAUGGAAAGUGGAGAUUGGCUCAUAAGGAACAUCCAGGCUGUCCAGGCCUGUUGUGUUUAAGGCUGUAACACAAAAUACUGUUUUACUGUUUUCUGUUUGUAUUGGAUUAAAAUCUGUGAACAAAUUUAA